AUGUUGUUGAUUACGGAGUGAUGCAUGUGCAACGGUCACGGUAAUGACUGCCGUCCAAUUGGUGGUUACGGUCCGAAUCCCAAAUUGGUGUGUGUUUGCAAUCCUGCUCAUCACACAGCCGGUGACAACUGUGAACGCUGCGCCCCUGCUUGUGAAUGCAACGGAAAUGCGAACCACUGCGAAUUUGAUGAGAACGAAUAUCGCACGACAGGUUCCGGUGGUAUUUGUAUUGGCUGUGGAAACAACACGAUGGGAAAACACUGUGAAACGUGUUUGCCAGGCCACUAUCCCGAUCCCCACCAACCUUCUGUCUGUCUCCCCUGCGCGUGUGAUCCCAUGGGAACUGUCGAGGGUGGGGAGAGUCGGUGUUCAGCUGAUGGACAAUGCAAAUGCAAACCGGGCGUUGGAGGAAAACGGUGUGAUCGCUGUCUCCCAGAUUAUCACUCAUUUACCUCAAGCGGUUGCCAGUGA